CAUCUAUUUGGAAGAUGCUAAUGGUGCUGCUCUAUAUAAUUUUACCCUCUUCGCCCUGCCCUUCACUCUCAUGAGCGAUUUCCCUUCAUCCAUUCAAAGACUGCAAGAGCAGCGCAGUAGAAAAAAGUCAAAAUGAUGGAUGCCUCGAAUUCGACUAAUCAAACUAAGAGCACUAUUCAGUUAGCACAGGCAGGGCAAGCAGAUGAGACCAACCAGGAAGCAUGUUUAAGAAGUGGCAUGGAUCUUGAUGUAUAUAAGGCUGCAAAAGAAGGCAAUAUUGAUGUCCUUCAACGACAACAAGAACAUCUUCACCAAAUACUUACUUCAACCAAGAACACAGUCCUCCAUAUUUAUAUCGCAUGCGCUGGCAGCCCAUCGUUGAUUGAGCCUGAAAAAGUAGCACACAAGCCAAGCAACAUUGUGGAGAAGAUACUGGAAAUGUGCCCAAAACUACUAUGGCAAUCCAAUGGAAGUGGUGAGACUGCUUUGCAUAUUGCUGCGAGACACGGUUGCUCUGAUAUAGUUGCAGUUCUUGUCAAGGCUGCAAAAGCUCGUCAUGGAGACCUUGGCCAAGGGGUCAAAGAAGCCUGGCGGUGUCUGAUCAGGAAAACCAAUGAGGGCAAGGACACAGCCUUGCACGAGGCAGCACGCUUUAAUCACCUAAAUGUGGUGGAGAUAUUGACCAAAGAAGAUACUGAAUUUUCCUACUCUGCUAAUGAUAGUGGCGACACGCCACUUUACUUGGCUGCUGAGAGGGGAUACCGUGAUUUGGUUUUCAAAAUGCUGGAGACUUGCAAAUAUCCAACUUAUGGAGGCCCCAAUGGUAGAACAGCUUUGCACGCUGCAGUGGUCUGCAAUGAUGACCAAAUAACGAGAAAGAUACUAAAGCACACUAAAAUGGCUCUCACGAAAGUAGUAGACGGACGAGGAUGGACGCCUCUUCACUUUGCUGCACUCUUCGGUCACACUUCAAUUGUGAAACAACUAAUAGAAUCUGAUAAGUCAGCUGCUUACAUUGGUGACAACGUGUACAAGAAGACACCCCUUCAUGUUGCAGCCCUUCAAGGACACGAACAAGUAAUGAGAGAGAUCAUUUCUCAUUGCCCUGAUUGCUGCGAAUUGGUUGAUCACAAAGGUUGUAAUGCCCUUCACUAUGCCAUUGAGUGGCCUAGAGGUCUAAUAGAGGAUCUUGUUUUGAAAGAUCCAUGGCUUAGCCAUGUCCUUUUAAAUGGAAAGGAUGUUGACGGGAACACACCCUUCCAUCUGCUUUCUGUGGCUGAUAAUUUCAUCGGUGAUACUAGAAUUGAUCAGAUGACAUUCAACAAGAAAAACCUAGACGAUCUAGACAACAUUCUAGCUGAUGAGACUCUCUUACCAACACUAAAGAACACUGUUAACCGCAUUUUGGAAUGGAAUGGAGUCAGACCAGGAGGCCCAUAUCCAAUUGUAAGCCAUGAAGAUAGUAUCGGUAGAAACUCCAAACUAUACGGAGACACUAUCGAGGAAGUUAAGGAAGACAAAGGUGGCAUUUUGGAAAUGAAAGAUGCCAUUGGAUAUCAUUCAAUUGAUAUGAGUGGGGAAAAUAAAGGUGCCAAUGACAAUGAUGCAGCAGAGGAAGAAAGACAAACCUCUGCAGCAAAGGAAGGAAGACAAACCUAUCUAGUAGUGGCUACAUUGAUAGCAACUGUAACCUUCACAGCAGGUUUCACCAUGCCUGGUGGUUACCAAAGUGAAAAAGGACCUGACCAGGGUUUUGCUGUUCUAACAAGAAAUGCAGCUUUCAUAGCAUUUGUUAUAACAAAUACACUAGCUAUGUGUAUGUCCAGUGGUUCUGUGUUUAUUCACGUUCUUUUACAAUUCCUCACAAAAUACAAAAAGAUGCCUGCCGAUAUUGCGUGGGGCUUAUAUUCUAUGGGGAGCGCCUUGGUUUUAAUGGUAAUUGCAUUCAUCACCGGCACAUAUGCAGUAUUAGGGCAUUCUUCAGCACUUGCCAACGCUGCUUGUGUGCUUGGUUGCCUCUACUUUUUCGCAGGUUAUCUGCCAGUUCUUCUACUUUCCAAAGAUGAACGUAUGAAAGUGUACAAAUUCUUAAAGAGUGUUUAUCCUUGUCUCCCGAUUCCAGGGGAUAUUGCAAGCUUUGUUUCAUCCCAAAAGAGCGAAAAGCAUAGUAGAGAGUCUGGAUAAUAAGCAUGUUGAUGAAUGGGCUUGGUCGUCAGAUUCUCCUCUGAGCCAACCUUCUUCAAAGUAGUAACUCUUGCUUGUUGGUUGAGGAAAUUGGCACUGAAAUUCAUGUAUUUAUUUUGCUAAAAGUAAUGCAUUGUCUAUAUUUUAA